CGUACAUUUUUCGAGCAGUGGAAAGUUUGUUUCGGAUAGGAAAACCUUGUCUGUGUGGCUACUAUCUCGCCAAAAUUGGUCAGAAAUGGCUCUUCAUCGUGUUUUAAGACGCAUGGUAUCACCGUCAAAUAAUGCCCUUCUUUUGUUUCGUACUCAAAGCACGAAAACCGCCGCGAUUGGUAUCCUUUUUUAUGAAUACUGUUAUGAUGUAGUCAUGUGUUAUGCAAGAUUUCUAUCUUGUUCUGUUUGUCAAAAUGAUACUGAAAUAGAAAGCAUUUUCCGGUUUUGUUUCCUUAAUUUUUAUGUUAAUAGCUGAAGAAACAACCAAGGAGAAAAAAGAUAACUUUUGUAAGUAAUGUGUGAUCAGAACGUAACGUUAACGCGGAGAGAACUGGGGGCAAAUAUUAUUGGGGGGUGUGUAUGGGGGUGCUAUACCCAAAAGGUUAACCUUUAACUCCCAGUUUUGACUAACAGUAACUUCUCCCUAUCAUAUCCAUACAUUAUUCAGCAAACAGGUAAUGAGAAUACUCAAGCUUAUCAAGUAGAAGUUGUUGUCUUGAUUUGUUAACUUAUUUACAACGAAACGUGUAACAGCUACAUGUUUAACAGUUUGGUCUUGGGAGUCAAAGAGUUAUCUUAAAGGAGAAAUCACAGUUGACCGAAAGUAAAUGUUAUGUUAGUUAGGAUAGGAUAUUCAUUUACCACUUUUUACAUGCAAUCUUCUUACUAACAGACAAGAACUUUUGUUUUUGUCAAGCAACAAUUCUAGCUGUGGUAAUAACAGUGAAUAGUUUUCCUUUUCAGUGUUGAGUGUCAUCUUUUCUUAUAUUGUGUUUUGUUUAGUGAGAUUCAACUGGCAAGAUCCUUUGAGUCUGGAAAGCUGUUUGACUGAAGAAGAGAUAAUGGUUAGGGAUCAGUUUAGAGAUUACUGCCAGGAAAAGCUUAUGUCUAGGAUUUUGAUGGCAAACAGACAUGAAGGUUAACAUAUCAAAUAUUUAUCAUAUAAUUUAAGAAUUGUAUCAGGUUAGAACAUACAGUUGACCAGAAUCUGAUUGGCUAAUUGCAUACUUGUAGUGGUCCAGCUUUUUAAAAUAAGGAUCACAACCUUGAAUUUUUCAGCAGAAACAAACUUUCUGAAAAAAAAAGUUAUUUUCUAUUCUAUGUCAUUCUGUUUGGGAAAAACUGUACCCUUGGUCUAGAGCACUGCCCUUGGCCUUCAGCCUUGAGCUGUAAACAAGACACUGGGCACUUUUCUUUCCAUUUGGAUACUUGUCUUUUAAAUAACAUAAUGUAGAUUUAUCAUGUACUCAUACUGAAUCUUUGCUAUAUUGCCUUUGCAGUCUUUGAUAAAGAUAUUAUGACAGAAAUGGGAUCCCUUGGAGUUCUUGGUUGCACAAUUAAAGGUUAGCAGAUAUUCUGGGUUCUUCGACUACAAUAAAAUGUACUUUUUCACCCACUGUACACUGUAUGUUUUCAAAUUUGGCUUUCUUUUAAAAUCUUUCAAUUCUAGGUUAUGGAUGUGCUGGUGUCUCUUCUGUAGCGUAUGGACUUAUUGCAAGAGAGGUUGAAAGGUUAGAGUAAUUGCACUUGUUUUCACUAAGGAAUUUCCAAGCUUUUUGAGUGAAAUGUGAUUUAUAAUUUUGAUACAGCUCUUUAGUAUACUAGUGGCUUGUGAUCAUUUUCACCAUGAUCUUUGCUUAAAUGUGGGAGAAUAGUGGAUUUUACCGUGUAUCUGUGUUGUGUUAACCCUUUCACUCCCACAAGUGACCAAGACCAUGGGAUAGUUGAUCCAAUACCAAAUUCUCUGAACUAGCAUCAUAAGAAUUACUCGUUAGAUCUUGGGAAUGAAAGGGUUAAAGGGAUAAAUUUUUACACUCUCAAGUUUACAUAGAGAUAUGUGUAUAAGGCAUCCUCUUCACCACAGUGAAUACAACCAGAUGUUUGAAAUCAUAUUAUAUCAAUGACUAUUACAAUGACAGAAAUUUUUGUAGAUUCUAAAAGUAUGACAUUUUGUAUCCUGUUGAUAGGGUGGACAGUAGCUAUCGGUCAGCCAUGAGUGUCCAGUCCUCUCUCGUGAUGCACCCAAUAAAUGCUUAUGGAACCGAGGAACAGAGGCAGAAAUACCUUCCACAGCUUGGUAAGGAGCAUUACAUCAUAUGUGUCUGCUUUGUAAAUAAUGUUAAUGGUGGAUCAUUUAACAAAUAGGAACUAGUAAUAUGGGGAUUCAAUUAGCACAUUACGUGGGGCUGGCAUGGCUUAGGAGUCAGGGCAGAACAUGCAUCUUAUUGAAGAUGGUGGACUGAUUGUUAAAUAUCAACAGGGCUUCUAAAAUUAAAGGUAUUUCUGUUUUCUUAUCAAGCACAAGGCAAGCUGAUUGGCUGUUUUGGUUUGACUGAACCUAACCAUGGUAGUGACCCAGGUGGAAUGGAAACAAGAGCCAAGUAUAAUUCGGCUGGCAACAGUUAUAUUCUUAAUGGAAGCAAAAGCUGGUGAGAUGGGUGUUGUUUAUGAAAUAAAUAUUCUAAAUAUUUCUAUAUACUGUAAAUAAAAAUAAAUGAAUAAAUGAAUAAAUAAAUUGAUUAAUAUUCUAGAGUAUGACUGUAAAAUCUGUGUUGUUCAAACUGUGGCAUAGGGACACUAAGGUCUUGCUCAAAACCUUUUUAAUAUUAUUUCCUUUGUUUAGGAUUACUAAUUCACCAAUAGCUGAUGUGUUCGUUGUGUGGGCAAACUGUGAAGACAAGAGAAUCAGAGGCUUUAUCUUAGAAAAGGUUUGGUCACAAAGAUUUCAUAAAUGUAAAGAACAUCUGAAUAUGAAAUUACAAAGAGUUCUUUUUUUUGUCUUGUCUUUGCAGGGAAUGAAGGGACUCUCAGCCCCUAGAAUUGAAGGUAAAUUUUCUCUGAGGGCUUCUGUAACAGGCCAGAUUGUCAUGGAGGAUGUUGAGGUUCCAGAAGAAAAUCUUCUACCAAAUGUUGAUGGACUGGAGGUAUUAUUGACAGAAGUGUUUUGAUGAUAAUGAUGAUGAUGACUAAAUAAGUACAUGAACAGUUUUAUGCCUAAGAGUGACUAGCAUUUAAUUUCUCCUUACAAUAUCACCCAUGAAUUACAGAUAACAGGUCACAAGAAUAAAGGAAAUGAUCACCACCUAAGGAAAUUUGUAGAGAACAGUGUGGAGAAUAUACAUUCUGAUGCUAGGGUGCUGAGGCUUAAAGUACAGAGUAACUAAUAAAUCUUCUGACAAACAAUUCACAUACCUAAGCAAUAAGUAGUAAAACAGAGCAAUACUAAUGUAAGAGGAAACAAACAAUAUCAGAGAACUGAAGGAAUUUAAGUUGGAUCUUUUUUUUUGUUUGAUAUCAAUCUUUUUUUCUCUUCAUUAUCAGGGACCCUUUGGUUGUCUGAACAAUGCUCGUUAUGGCAUUGCAUGGGGAACUCUUGGUGCUGCAGAAUUUUGUCUUGCCACGGCAAGGCAAUACACAUUGGACAGGUGGGGAAAUACUUAGAAACUCUUAUUGCCUGAGUGGGGUUUGGCCAAGGGUUCUUUGUACAUUUUGUUGUAUUUACCUGGUUUGAUUUGACUUUCCAAUAAAGUUGUAUAUUAUGUUGUUCAACAUUUGUACUCAUGCAGCAAAUUUUUAAGGGGUAAGGAUGAGGUUAAAUUUGUGACAUUUGAAACUUUAAGUAAAAAAAUGAACCAUGUAAUCUUAUUUGUAGGAUCCAGUUUAAAAGACCGCUGGCUGCCAAUCAACUUAUGCAGAAGAAAAUGGCUGAUAUGGCAACUGAGGUUAGUUCUCUGCCAUCAAGAGUAGAGCUUUUUUAGAAAUUUAAUGACUCCGUUGGUAUGUAAUUGAAGAAUAAAGUUGUCAAAUUCUGCUUAACCCCUCUCCAGUAAAAUUAAUUUUUCUUUAUUUUUUUAUUUCUUUAUACAGAUUGCCAUUGGGCUUCAAAGCUGUCUGCAAGUGGGACGGCUCAAAGAUGAGGGACAGUAAGUAGAAACAACCAUAUGAAGAGAUUUCUCAUUACCUUUAAGUUAAUUUUUGUAUAUCACCUGGUUGUUCAUAUCAAAUUUAAUGGCAAGUUCAGGAGCCUUCAAAAGAAUGUUCAUCAGUUGUAAUCAGCUGACAUGAACAUUGGUGUAAUUACAGUAGGAUCACUGGUAUAGGAAUAAGGUCAUAAUUUUUCCUCAGCAUAUGUUAUAUUUUUUUACCACAGAUUAAUCUCAAAUUUUUAAGGAACAUUAAUUAUCUGACUGAUGUUUUUUUUUUAACCCUAAAUAGAUACUGCCCAGAAAUGAUAUCUAUGAUCAAACGGAACUCAUGUGGAAAAGCAUUAGACAUUGCACGGAUGUCCAGAGACAUGCUUGGAGGUAAGUUACUCUAUCUGCCAUUUUUCUGGAGUGGAGGGCUUAGGGAAUUAGGUGAGGAAAUGUGAACUUACUCUAUGGAACUUUUGCAUAAACUUUUGGUGUCUUUUCCAAAACACACAGGAAAUGGAAUUUCAGAUGAGUAUCAUGUCAUCCGUCAUGUGAUGAAUUUGGAAGCUGUCAAUACAUAUGAAGGUAAAACUGACUAUCAUUGAUUUACAAAAGCAAGUAAGAGGCCUGUAUGAACUGUGUAACAAUGCAUACCCAUUUUCCAUGAUAAGGAAAAAUGCCUUUACUGGCAUUCAAAAGAUAUGAUAGGAUCUUCCUUCCUUUUUUUACACUGAGGGGAACUUUUGCUAGGAAGUGAGUAUAUAGUCAGGCUUGGAAUACACUUGUUUGUUAUGAGUGAAUGGUAGCCUGCAAAGCAGGGGUCAUUUUGGCAAGUGAGUGCUCAGUGUUUUUGUAGAGAAAAUUAUCGCCCCCAUCUUUGAAGUUAUGGCAGGGGAAGGCUGGCUAGAGAAAUGAUUUUGUACCAAGGGGGUGAUUGACAGUCGAAAAUAAGGAGAGGGGUGGGGAAGUGAAUAUUCUUGCUCUCCCCAACUGCCUACUCUGACUUCAAAUCAAACCAAGUUGUUGUGAUAAACCUUUGUGAGCUUAUGAUUGUAAUUCGCCCCUACUAAAUGCUUGCAUUGCAAGUACAUUAAUUGACAAAAGGGAAAGAGAGAUGAUGUCUUUCCCAUAGGAAUGACUGAUGUUUUGUCCACUGCAUUUUCACAUGGUCUGAGACAAUUUGGGCCCCCUUCUCCCCUCUUUCUCUUCCCCCCCCCUCUAUCUUCUUUUCUUACCUUUUAAAGAUACCAGCAUUUCCUGAUGUGAAGUUUCAUUUUCUGACUGCUUUACCAAGUUUUUAUAUUUUUGUGUGCAGGAACCCAUGACAUACAUGCACUGAUUCUUGGAAGAGCAAUCACAGGACUUCAGGCUUUCACUGGCCGAUGAAUACAUUAAUGGUGAUGAAUAUGUUUCAUAGAAAAAGAAAUGGGAAAGCACAACAUCCACACUCGUCAAUAAAUCUAUACAUUAAAUUAUCAUCUCAAGCAAAAAUGCUAACCUUUAGUUCUAGGUACUGCUAAUUUAAUAUAUAUGGAUGAAAUACCAAGGUUUGUAAGUGUUCAGACCACACAAAAAAUUUACAACUCAGACAAAUAGAUCACUGACAUGUAUCUUUUGGUAAAUUUUCAUGCAGAUUAAUAAUAACCGACACAUGCCUAAUUGUGAUAUUGUUAUCUCUGUUUACAGUACUAAAGUUAACUUUUGAGAAUGUGAAAAGAAAACGGGGGUGAAGAAGGGCCUAUCUUAAUUUUUAAAAUGAUGUAAGGAAAAUGUAUAUUCAAUUCUACACCAACUUAUUCUUCUCAUUUGUAAAAUUUCUUAGUUGUACAUUUUAUUCAGAAGAUCAUCUUGCUUUGGUCAUAGACAAGGAGCACAAAUUUGCUAGUACGUAGAUAAAAAGUUCCUGCACCCCUUCAUAGUUGGGGUAGUUACAGUGCUUGUAACUGUUUGAGAGUUCAUCUUAUAUUUUUGAAAUAUUAUUUGUUUUAUUAAGAGAAAUGGGAAAGAAAUGUUAAUGUGUAUGUGGUACAGUAUAAACUUGUACUCCAGUGUUCUGUAUGGUGUGGAAAUAAAUACCUGUACUCUG